UUGCUUCAGUACGUAGAACAGGAGAAUCACUUGAUGGCUGCCAGGAAAGCAUUUGACAAAUUUUUCAUACACUACCCGUAUUGCUAUGGUUACUGGAAAAAGUAUGCAGACCUUGAAAAGCGACACGACAACAUUAAACAAUCAGAUGAGGUGCGUACAUCAGUGAAUACAGUUUUCUCUGUUAGGUACUGUAAGCCAAUUGAUAACAAACAGACUCUUUUUUUCUGGCUGGCAGUACCUACCAUUUAUGAUCAAACUUUUUUUAUAGGGUAUUUUAUUUGCAUUUGUCACUAUUGUGGCAUUUGUAGCUAAUAUUUUCUCUCUUUGUUGGCAGGUGCGUUAAACCUCUACAGUUUGUCAAGCUUUGCAGUGCAAGCCUCUGUAUUACACUGCAGCUUAACAAGUAGGGCAGGGCUUUUCUCUCACUUACAUUUAUUUCUCAAUUUCCAAACAAUAUAGUUGGUUUGCUAGUCACAUUUGCUACGUCUUAUUGCAUUUUUGGUCAGACGCUGUCAUUGAUGCUCUAAUGGGUCUGUGCCCUAUGGUCUGUAACCCAAAGCCUGCCCACACAACCCGGUCAGAAUGCAGGGACUGCUGCGCUUUGAAGAUCAAGACUCUGCACGUGGGGAUCAGAACAUUGCCAUGUUCUAUCCAACCUCCACCCAAAUGGUUUAUCGUCGGGGGCUUCAGGCAAUACCUCUUAGUGUUGAUCUUUGGAUACAUUAUAUAAACUUCUUAAAAGAAACACUGGACCCUGGUGAUCCUGAGACAAACAGUUCAAUAAGAGGAACUUUUGAGCAUGCUGUUCUAGCUGCAGGAACAGAUUUCCGAUCUGAUAAACUAUGGGAAAUGUAUAUAAACUGGGAAAAUGAACAGGGAAAUCUGAGAGAAGUUACAGCUGUAUACGACCGCAUUCUUGGUAUCCCAACGCAGUUGUACAGUCAUCAUUUUCAGAGAUUUAAAGAACAUGUACAGAAUAACUUGCCUAGAGAUCUUUUAACUGGUGAACAGUUCAUUCAGCUCAGAAGGGAAUUGGCUUCUGUAAAUGGACACAGUGGUGAUGAUGGACCUCCUGGUGAUGACCUUCCAUCAGGAAUUGAAGACAUCACUGAUCCAGCGAAGCUAAUUACUGAAAUAGAAAACAUGAGACAUAGAAUCAUUGAAAUUCAUCAAGAAAUGUUUAAUUACAACGAGCAUGAAGUUAGUAAGAGGUGGACAUUUGAAGAAGGUAUUAAAAGACCUUAUUUUCAUGUGAAACCAUUGGAAAAGGCCCAACUGAAAAACUGGAAAGAAUACUUAGAAUUCGAAAUUGAAAACGGGACUCAUGAAAGAGUUGUGGUUCUCUUUGAAAGAUGUGUCAUAUCCUGUGCCCUCUAUGAGGAGUUCUGGAUUAAGUAUGCCAAGUACAUGGAAAACCAUAGCAUUGAAGGAGUGAGGCACGUCUUCAGCAGAGCUUGUACUGUUCACCUUCCAAAGAAACCCAUGGCACAUAUGCUUUGGGCAGCUUUUGAGGAGCAGCAGGGGAACAUUAAUGAAGCCAGGACUAUCUUGAGAACGUUUGAAGAAUGUGUUCUAGGAUUGGCAAUGGUUCGAUUGAGAAGAGUAAGUUUAGAACGGCGACAUGGAAAUAUGGAAGAAGCUGAACAUUUGCUUCAAGAUGCUAUAAAGAAUGCCAAAUCAAAUAAUGAGUCAUCAUUUUACGCUAUUAAACUAGCCCGACAUCUUUUCAAAAUACAAAAAAAUCUUCCAAAAUCAAGAAAGGUACUUUUGGAAGCAAUCGAAAGUGAUAAGGAGAACACAAAGUUAUACCUCAAUUUACUUGAAAUGGAAUACAGUUGUGACCUCAAACAAAAUGAAGAAAAUAUCCUCAAUUGCUUUGACAAGGCCAUACAUGGUUCAUUGCCUAUUAAAAUGAGGAUUACAUUUUCCCAAAGAAAAGUGGAAUUCCUUGAAGAUUUUGGUUCAGAUGUUAAUAAGCUUUUGAAUGCUUAUGAUGAACAUCAAACACUCCUAAAAGAGCAGGACACCUUAAAAAGGAAAGCUGAAAAUGGUUCCGAAGAACCAGAAGAAAAGAAAGCACACACGGAAGAUAUGUCAUCAGCACAGAUCAUUGAUGGGGAUUUACAGGCAAAUCAAGCUGCAUAUAAUUACAGUGCCUGGUAUCAGUACAAUUAUCAGAAUCCUUGGAAUUAUGGACAGUAUUAUCCUCCACCUCCAACAUGAUGGAAAACGUACAUUUCAGAUUGGGUUAUAUGAAAAAUGCGGAAUUAUUUUUUUUGAAGGAUGUAAACAUAGCAUAAGCUUGUUGUAUUUGAUAAUUUGUCUUCCCAGUUUCUGUGUAACAUUUGUUUAGUUAAUAGUAGAAAAUGUCAAUUAGUAGUGUACCAUAAAAACUUUCCUACCACUUUUAAAAUUUACUUUUUAUUGGAGAACUAUUUUUUUUAUUUUUAUUUUAUCUUAUUUUGAUUAAGUGGUCUAGAAUUCUUUUGCAGCUCAUGCAAGAGAUUUGUAGCCUUAAGUGUAGAGAAAAAGACUGACUGCAAAUCAUGUCAGUUACAAAAUUCUGGGAAAAAAAAUAAGGGCUGGUUAUUGAGAAUUUUAUCCCCUUAAAAACUUAAGACUUAAGAGAUUUAAAAGAGUUACCUAAGGUUGUCUAUGUUUCAGUUACACUUGGAAAUUUGGCUCUAACUGUAAGAAAGAUGCACUAUUAACAUGCUCUGCCUUGGAAUAGAUUAUAAAUGAGAGUGUAAUGUCAGCAUCCCCUUAAGAAAUGAAGUAUCAAAGUAUGUUUUGGGAGACUUUGUAUCUAGAAUAUUCAUGUAAAACUUGUGAGCAAGCUUUCAUUUUGAUCGUACUUAUCGUCCUUUUUGUAAUAAAAAUGAAGACUCAUGCAGCAAUUGUUUAUGAAUUCAUUUGGGGGAGGUAUACCUAAAACAGAUUAACAUUGUUAUAAAAUGGGCUUUCUCUAAAUUUACUAUCUUCCUACCAGGAUAUUUUAGUUACUUUUAAUUUUCUGCCUCAAAAUCUAUGCCUUUGACCUUCUACCAUAGAGUAAUAUCUUUAAAAUAUCCUGGACAAAGCUAGCCACUUUUAUUAGCAGUUAUUCUCUAUUUGGAUGAACUUCUGAGUCCUAUUAGUCUGAACAUUAAUACAGCAACACAGAAUAAGUCAGUCAAAUCAAGAC